CCGGGGCUGGCAGCUUGCAAAGGGGAAGCAGGCUGCAGCGCUGCACCGGCAGGUUUACCAAAGGUCUCUAAUGGGUAUUUUCUUUUUCUUAGCCCUGCCCCUGAAUUGUCAGACGGCGGGCGUCUGCCUCUGAAGUUAGCAGUGAUUUCCUUUAGAGCCCGGCCUUAUCUCCGGCUGCACGUUGCCUGGUGGUGACUAAUGACACAAUAACAUUGUCUGGGGCUGGAAUAAAAUUGGAGCUGUUUACCCCCACUCUAUAGGGGUUGAAUAUAAAAAGCCGGCCGAGAGAGCUGUCCAGGUCAGACGCGCUUCUGCCUCUGCGCUGAGACCAGCGCCGCCGGGUCCCCAGUCUCCACUGCGGUCCCCGCGCGCCACCACCGCCGCCGCGUGCGUCCUCCGACCGCUCCCACUGCCUUCUCUCCCGGCAGAAACUUCUUUCUCCCGAUUAAAGAGCACUCAGGCUGAAGGAUCACUUUGAGAUCUGAAUAACCCGAAGCGCUUGGAAGGAACCGAAGCCAUUUUUCUGCCUUUUUUCCCCCGCUUUAGGGUUUAGUUCGCAGGGGGAGGAUUUUGAUCCUUUUUUUUUCAGAAUGGAUUAUUUCCCCAUGAUUAUCGCUCUGCUGUUUGUGGCUUUCCAAGGAGCUCCAGAAACAGCGGUCCUGGGUGCCGAGCUCAGCCCGGGAGCCGAGAGCCAAGGGGAGACGCCCUCUCCCCGUGCAUCCUGGAGGCCCCGUCGGUCCAAGCGCUGCUCCUGCUCUUCCCUGAUGGAUAAAGAGUGUGUCUACUUCUGCCACCUGGACAUCAUCUGGGUCAACACUCCAGAACACAUUGUCCCAUAUGGACUUGGAAGCCCUUCUAGGUCCAGGCGAUCCUUAAAGGAUUUGUUUCCUGCAAAGGCAGCAGACCGCAGGGAUAGAUGCCAGUGUGCCAGCCAAAAAGACAAGAAGUGCUGGAGUUUCUGCCAAGCAGGAAAAGAAAUCGGCAGGGACCAAGACACUCUGGAGAAACGCUGGGAUAACCAAAAGAAAGGAAAAGACUGUUCCAAGCUUGGAGAGAAGUGUAUUCAUCGGCAGCUGGUGAUGGGAAGAAAAAUAAGAAGGUUGGAGGCCAUCAGCAACAGCAUCAAAACAUCUUUUCACAUCGCCAAGCUGAAAGCCGAGCUCUACAGAGAUAAGAAAGUGACCCAUAACCGAACACACUGAUGACAGGUUGGCCGAGCCUGUCUGAAGCCAUCUCGUCCCCAGGGAGCCCCGGGCCCGACGCUGCGCUCGCUUGGCAGGGGCUGAGAUCAGAGCAGAAGCCUCCUCUGUUCAGACCGUUCCUUACUGCAGACUGGCACAGGACCAGCACCCUCGCCUGAACAUUCCAGAAAAGGCUUAAAGAGUCCCCCAGCCGGUCUUCAUUGGCCUCCAUCAGUGCUAAGCGCGGCCGUCUGUCUCUCCUCCUUUGCGGUGAUGAUGGGCCACUCGAAGAAAGCAGAGAGAGACACGGACGCCACCUGCAAAUCAGGGUGGCCUCCUCCAGCCCAGAGGGAGGAGACGAGCUUCCGCGUGCGGGCGGAGACCUCCAAGAGGGUCCGGAGGCCGUGUUUUGUGUCCCACGCAGGCGCCUGGCGCAUUUCAGGGAGAAACACCCAAGUCCACACCAAGAGCUUUCCAAGGAAGGCCCAGACUGAAAAAACCCUCGAGGGACAAGCCCUCGAGUUAAAAAUGAACAAGACUUUGCUUUCUUCCGUCUCGAGAUGCAAAACCGAGAGAAACUGUUACUACUGGAAAAUCAGGAUGAGUUUCAUGAAUAUGAGUCUACCUCACCUCUGCUGCACUCCGCCUAAAGUAUUUCCUCACCUUUAAUUAUUUGCCUCCUCAAACGCUCCCCCCCACCCCUCCCCCCAAGCCCCCACACUAAAAUCCUAGCCUCGUGGAAAUCUGUCUUAUGUGUCAAGAGUAGAUAUAACACUUUCACGGUAAUCUACUAGCUCUGUUCCAUAAGAAAAAAAUAUCACUGAACCAGGAGAUUCCCAUGUCCUGAUUUUUGGAAACACAAGGGUAUACGGUUGUUGAUGAGAGCUAUGGAAGGGAAAACAUUGGUUAUGCUUUAAAGCAGUAAAAUUAUUUUCCUUUAUGUAACUGGCAAGUGGAAGAGGUUGGAUUAAAUUUGGAUGUACUUAUUUUUUUACAGAUAUUUAUAUUCAAACAAUUUAUUCCUUAUAUUUACCAUGUGAAAUAUAUGUCUGGGCAGGCCAUAUUGGUCUAUGUAUUUUUUUAAAAAAUGUAUUUCUGAAUGAAAUUGAGAAAAUGCUUUGUUUUGCCUAUCAAGGUAAUGACUUUAGAAAAUAAAUAUUUUUUUCCCCUACUGUA